AUGGCCAAAGACGAUCUCGAUCCGCGCAUGAUGUCCGUGACGCCUCGUCUACGGUACAACACCAUCGGAGGCGUCAACGGACCGCUGGUCAUCUUGGAGAAUGUCAAAUUCCCCCAAUUCAACGAGAUUGUGUCUCUCACACUUCCCGAUGGCACUGAGCGGUCUGGACAAGUUCUUGAGGCAAGAGGCAACCGUGCCGUCGUGCAGGUCUUUGAGGGUACUUCCGGCAUUGAUGUCAAGAAGACCAAAGUCGAAUUCACUGGCCACAGCUUGAAGCUUGGUGUGUCGGAAGACAUGCUGGGGCGUGUAUUCGAUGGUUCUGGACGAGCCAUUGACAAGGGGCCCAAAGUUUUGGCUGAAGACUACCUGGACAUCAACGGAUCUCCUAUCAACCCGUACGCUCGUGUCUACCCCGAAGAGAUGAUCUCCACUGGUAUCUCUGCCAUUGACACCAUGAACUCGAUCGCCCGUGGACAGAAGAUCCCCAUCUUCUCCGCCGCCGGUCUUCCUCACAACGAAAUCGCUGCCCAGAUUUGCAGACAGGCAGGUCUGGUACAGCCCACCAAGGGCGUUCACGACGGACACUCGGACAACUUCUCCAUCGUCUUCGGCGCCAUGGGUGUCAACUUGGAGACCAGCCGCUUCUUCACCAAGGAUUUCGAGGAGAACGGCAGCAUGGAGCGUGUCACUCUCUUCUUGAACUUGGCCAACGAUCCCACCAUUGAGCGUAUCAUUACACCUCGUCUGGCCCUUACCACAGCUGAGUACUACGCCUACCAAUUGGAGAAGCACGUUCUGGUCAUUCUCACCGAUCUUACAUCAUACUGUGACGCUCUUCGUGAGGUUUCUGCAGCAAGAGAAGAAGUCCCAGGUCGUCGUGGAUACCCAGGUUACAUGUACACUGAUUUGUCGACCAUUUACGAGCGUGCUGGUCGUGUGCAGGGACGAAACGGAUCCAUCACUCAGAUUCCUAUCCUGACCAUGCCCAACAACGACAUCACUCACCCCAUUCCCGACUUGACGGGCUACAUCACCGAAGGCCAGAUCUUCGUUGACCGUGAGCUUCACAACAAGGGUAUCUACCCACCAAUCAACGUGCUUCCCUCCCUGUCUCGUCUCAUGAAGUCRGCCAUUGGUGAGGGCCACACACGCAAGGAUCACUCGGAUGUCUCCAACCAGCUGUACGCCAAGUACGCCAUUGGCCGUGACGCCGCUAGCAUGAAGGCUGUCGUCGGAGAGGAAGCGCUCAGCAAUGAAGACAAGCUCUCACUGGAGUUCUUGGAGAAGUUUGAAAAGACCUACAUCUCACAGGGAGCGUACGAGAAGCGAUCCAUCUUUGACGGUCUGGACCAGGCAUGGGAGUUGCUUCGCAUUUACCCCAAGGAGUUGUUGAACCGUAUCCCUAAGAAGGUGCUGGACCAGUACUAUCAGCGACAGUCGAAGAAGGGCAGCAAAGACACGAGGGAUAAUGGAGAGGAGGGUGAUGCCUCAAAGCAGAAUGGCGAGGAGAAUUUGAUUGAUGCAUAG